GUAGGGGUAGCAAUUUUGCAGAUUUUCCAAGCAGGUGACUUCAGACCCCUGGGCCUGUGCAGGAAGGGGUAGCCCAGUGACAAUGGGCAUAGCCCCACUUCAGGAACGGGAAACGUGUUGGCUGGCUCUGUGGAGUUCUCUCUCUUCUGAUCCCACAGCAUCUGUUCCAGUUGUCUCGGCCGCUGGGGUAUGGCCGUCAAUGUGUACUCCACAUCUGUGACCAGUGAAAAUCUGAGUCGCCAUGAUAUGCUUGCAUGGGUCAACGACUCCCUGCACCUCAACUAUACCAAGAUAGAACAGCUCUGUUCAGGGGCAGCCUACUGCCAGUUCAUGGACAUGCUCUUCCCUGGCUGUGUGCACUUGAGGAAAGUGAAGUUCCAGGCCAAACUAGAGCAUGAAUACAUCCACAACUUCAAGGUGCUGCAAGCAGCUUUCAAGAAGAUGGGUGUUGACAAAAUCAUUCCUGUAGAGAAAUUAGUGAAAGGAAAAUUCCAAGAUAAUUUUGAGUUUAUUCAGUGGUUUAAGAAAUUCUUUGACGCAAACUAUGAUGGAAAGGAUUACAACCCUCUGCUGGCGCGGCAGGGCCAGGACGUAGCGCCACCUCCUAACCCAGGUGAUCAGAUCUUCAACAAAUCCAAGAAACUCAUUGGCACAGCAGUUCCACAGAGGACGUCCCCCACAGGCCCAAAAAACAUGCAGACCUCUGGCCGGCUGAGCAAUGUGGCCCCCCCCUGCAUUCUCCGGAAGAAUCCUCCAUCAGCCCGAAAUGGCGGCCAUGAGACUGAUGCCCAAAUUCUUGAACUCAACCAACAGCUGGUGGACUUGAAGCUGACAGUGGAUGGGCUGGAGAAGGAACGUGACUUCUACUUCAGCAAACUUCGUGACAUCGAGCUCAUCUGCCAGGAGCAUGAAAGUGAAAACAGCCCUGUUAUCUCAGGCAUCAUUGGCAUCCUCUAUGCCACGGAGGAAGGAUUCGCACCCCCUGAGGACGAUGAGAUUGAAGAGCAUCAACAAGAAGACCAGGACGAGUACUGAGGGCGGCCGCUGCCCUGGCUGACUGCACGGCUUCCCUGUGCCUCCCUCCCUGCUCCACUCCCACAUUAUAGUCCUUUCCUAACACGGUCGGCCGGGUGCUUUGUGUCAGUGCCGCAGCACUGGGGAGCCAGGCGAGCGGGGCUUGGGGGCCUGGGGCCGGAAAGCAGGCAGAAGCCCGUCCUGGGUGGCGCUGGCCCAGUUGGCAGGACCCCUGUCCACACCCACCCUAUUUAUUUCCGUUGUCUCUCCGCUGUGUCGCCCAACACUUCCCAGGGUGCUGCUGCCACCCGCCCCAGCCAGCCACCUGCUCCUGACAGCCAGCAGCUGUGUAUUUGACAAAGUCAUUGGUAUAUUUUUACUUACUGGAUUCUCCUUGCACUUUACCUGUUCUUUUCCAGAGCUGACAGCACGGGCUCCGGGGCAGUGUGCCUGGCUUGGCUCCCUUCCCCAUGGCUGGGGGCUGGGGUAGGACUUACCCAUUCUAAUUUAUUUUGUCUUUUGGCUUCUCAGUAACUAAGGGGAAGGCUGAUGUCAGGAGAGGCAGAGGGGGCUGAGGAGGUAGUGCUGUAGUCCCAGGGGGUCAGGGAGAGGGAGGGGGGCAUGUGAGGGAUGGAAAUGACCUCCUGGCACCAGGCUCACCCACCCAAGGCCCCCUGCCCCAGCACUGAAUCCCAGCACUGCCCUGAGGCCCCCAGCCGCUCCCUCCAGCAGCCUGGUUCACCACACAAACUCUGCCUGGACCCCAUUGUCUGUCUGCUUCCCACCUGCCCUCCCCACCCCCUGCCCCUCGGGCACCAGCCUGCAUCUGUGUUCACUUUUAUUUAAAUAAACUUGUGUGGUAAAAGUCCA